UGCACUCGACAAAGAUAAUAAUUUACCGUCAUUUAUUUUAAAAUUAGAAUGUCUUCCAAAUUUUACACUUCUGUCUAAAAAGUUCUGUAAAAUUUUUACGCAUGGUCCUUCAUAUUGGUUUAUGUUAUAUUUAAAUGAAAAAUCGCUAAUAAAUCACAUAAAGAAUGAUGGAUCAGGCACAAUCAAAACAAGAUGAACAAUACCCUCUUUUAAAAGUAGAGGGAGGUGGAGGGGAUAGCGGUUAUUCUCAGAGUCCUUCGACUGUUGUGGCACCAGCGUGGGGCGUCAACUGUCCACCUAAGCAGUCUUGGCUUAGUCGCUGGCCGGAAUUAUUCUCAGCCUGCUGGAUGACGUUGAUAUUGCUAGGGAUAUCUUUCCUCGUAUUCUAUGCAUUGGGUAUGAGUGCAUAUCGACGACAACCUAUAAUUGUCAUGAAAUGCAACGAAACGAAACCUGCAAGUGACGUCUAUUACUACCAGAUCAUACAACAUGGCGUGUGCGUUCCCUUCGCGUUGUACUCCGAUUAUAUUUCCACAAUGGCAACGCAGUAUCCUUCACUGCGAAUCAAUAUUAUCUUCUUACUCGAUGAUUCCCUUCCGGCCAAUUUUCAUAGUUCCAAACACAGUCGAUUUAUUAAUAACCUUAUUCCAUACGCUAGUGUUUCGUAUAAAAUGAGACUGGAAGAAAACAACAAACGAGAAAUAAGAGAUUUCCAAUCGAAGCACCCAAAUGUGAACGUCAGUUUUAUGCCGCUGAGUAAGUUUAUGGCAAAGACGCCACUGAAGUUUAAAUGGAGAAUGAUUCCGCCAACAUAUCUGCCAUUUUACGCGAGAGUAUUCUCUGUAUGGCAGAACGGUGGAAUUGGUAUGGACUUAACCACUUUCAAUGAUCAAUUCAAUAACCACCGAUGUAUUGAUCGAAAAGUCUCGGCCAUUUUGACGCAACAUAAUGAUGGAAUUAAACCAGAGAAUUAUGCCAGCUCUCUGCAAGCGAUAGAAAGAGAGGAGGAAAACGAUAUUCUUACUGCAUUCUAUACUAUUUAUCAACAAAUACUGAAUGAAACUCGGUCAUUUUUGAAUAGAUCUUUAUCAUUUUAUCCAUUGACUACAGAAAGUAGCGUGCCUAAGAAUAUACCUUUAAUUCGGACGCAUAGAGACAAACGUCAAGUAGUGAAAAAUCCUGCAAAUGAAAAUAAUAGUUCUGUGAAUUUCUUGAACGUGACGAAUAAAAACGAUUCUAUUAAAAAUACAUCGAUUAUAGACUUGGACAGUAGUAAGUCUAAAGCCAUUACACUAGCCACAAAUAUAACCGCUAAAGACAAUAAUAAAGGUAUUCCUCCAUCGGGAAACCAAUACGCAUCUGAAAUAAACUCUUCAAAUAUACCCCAAAUGGUGUUGUUUUACGAUUUUUCUAUUAUUUCUGACGGUUUGGGACCGUCUUAUCUCUUACCUGACGUGGCGAUUAAGUCAGAUAUAAUAGAAGCACCUAAGAAUUCUGCAUUCACUCAAUUCGUCAAACGGACUCCACCAGCGUCCCGCGUUUUGUCAAUUCAUCCGGAAGGGAUAUUUUUUGCAGCAUCUUCUCGUCUACAUCCAUUUUUAGGACAUCUUUUGACGAGCGGCUGCCAACGCAUGCACCCCAAGUUUGUCAUUCAGGACGUCCUUUUAACCCAAUGUUCAGGUUCAUUUAAAGACGAUGCAUACUGUAACAACAUCUAUAUAUUGUAAUUGUUCAUUAAUGUUCAUAGUUUGGUAUUUUAUGUGUCUAAACUGUAACUUAUGUUUGUGAAUUUAGUAAUAAAACUUUAUUUAUUGUUGUAA